AUGCAAAAGAGAUUGAGAGGUAAAUUACCUGAGGAAGUGACGGACUAUCUAAAGACCUGGUUGCAUCGUCAUUCGGAUCAUCCAUACCCAAGCGAGGAGGAGAAAAAGCAUAUUUGCCAUGCCACUGGAUUGAGCAUGACGCAAAUAUCCAAUUGGAUGAUUAAUGUCCGCAUUUUUUUUAAACUUUACUUCCCACCAUUCAAUCAACUCGCAUAA